UCUGGCCUUUUCCGAUAUGACCGGUUAUUGUUCGAAUGGGGAACAUAACAACAACAACAACAACCCAUCUCCUUCUUCUUCUUCUUCUUUCAUUUUAAGCUUAGCUUCAAGCACUUUGAGUUGAGCUUCGUGUUUUUCUUCUUUUUAUCUAUGUGUCUACCUUUCUCACACACAUACACAAGCACACUAUUUCUCUCUACAAAUCACGCAAUUCCCAUAUGUUUUUCCUUUCACUUUCUUUCUGUUUCUCACCCACCAAACAACCAACCCUAGAACACUCUUGUGCCCCUCUUUCUUUUCUCUCUGACCACAACUGACUGUUUUCAUAUGCAGAAAGAGAAAAACAACUGUACUCUUGAGUCACAAGGAAAGACCAUUUAAGAAAUUCAACAAUUCAUGAAAUCAGGCUGCAGAAGGUACACAGAUCUGUGAGCUACGUGGGACGGAGACACUGCAAUUGUGUAAUCAACUGGGUUUAUUUUCUUUCUUUUUUGUCUUUGAUUGAGAGAUUAACACCUGUCACAGAAUCGGACCCAACAUUGUUCAAAGGAAAAGCUAUAAAUACUACUAGCAGAAGCUAAAAAGGGUUUGGCUCAGAUCGGAGACCCGUCUGGAAAUUUUGCUGCUUUAGCUUUAAAACAAAGCAGAAAGGCUCAGAUCGAAGGUUUUUAAGGUGCUAUCAGUUAUAUGCUAAACACAGCCAGAUCUUAUCUUCUGUAUACUAAGAACCUACCUACUUGAGUCUUUUGAAAGCGUUCUGCAACUGUAAAAAGCUUAACAAGGGCCUCCUGACUUGGACCGUGAUAUAUCAGAGCGUAAAAAAAGGCCUUUUUAUCACUACACAGCCAAAGCAGUCUCUGAAUUAUCGUCAUCAAUGCAAAGGACAUUGCCAACCCCACACCUGCACUCUCACUCUCUCUCUACCUCUGAACAAGUGUAAGGACACUAGAGCCAAAAAAGAAAGAGAGAGACAGAGAGAGAGAAAGGAAAAGUGGGUUUCUUUCUAGCUUGAUCAGCUUCUGUUCUUGCAAAGGCAUGAUUGUGGUAUGGAGGAGGAUGAGAUUCAAGCACAGGCGUGUAAAUUCCCAAGAGUUGGAAAUGAGUCUAACAAGAUAGGUCCUAGAGGAGGGAGUGAGCAAUACCCAGAUCAUCAUGAGGGAGAAGAUGGAGACCUCAGAAGAAGAGGUGGAGGAGGAGGAGGAGGAGGAGGCAUUGAUGGCUGCACAAACAGGUUCAAUAGUUGGCACCACUCUUCAAGAAUCAUAAGGGUGUCUCGAGCAUCUGGUGGGAAAGAUAGGCACAGCAAGGUCAUGACUUCAAAGGGUUUAAGAGACCGACGGGUUAGACUCUCUGUGACCACAGCUAUUCAGUUCUAUGAUCUUCAAGAUCGCUUGGGUUAUGACCAACCCAGUAAAGCUGUGGAGUGGCUAAUCAAAUCAGCUGCAGAUGCCAUUUCAGAGCUACCUUCCUUGAACAACACAUUCCCUGAUACCCCAAAGCAACCGAGCGAUGAGAAAAGAGCAAGUGUGGGAACCGAACAAGGCUUUGAUUCAGCUGAUGCAGAGUUAGAUGGUGAAACCAACUAUCAUCAGAACCAAAGCCAGAACCUUUCUUUGUCCAAAUCUGCUUGUAGCAGCACUUCAGAGACAAGCAAAGGCUCUGGCUUGUCCCUCGCCAGGUCUGACAUUCGUGUGAACCGUGUCAAGGCACGAGAGAGGGCAAGGGAAAGAGCAGCCAAGGAAAAAGAGAAGGAGAAGGAGAAUGAAUCUCAUCACAUUGCUCAUCACCACCAUAACCAUAACCAUAACCAUAACCACAAUGUGAACCCCAUUUCUCAAACAGCUUCUUUCACUGAGCUACUCACAGGUGGGAUCAGCAAUGCAGUUCCCACCACAAGCAGUCCUAGAGGAUCAAUUCAUCAGAAUAAUCAUGGUGGUGGUGGUGGUACUGAUGAGCCUAAUCUGUUCAACAAAGCAGCUAGACAGCAAUGGUGUUCAGCACCAAUGGACUAUUUUACCUCAGGGCUUCUGGGGCCUUCCUCUUCAAGAACACAUCAACAUCAUAAUCAUCAAUCAUCAUCUUCUUCUUCUGGGUUCUCAGUAUCACAAAUCCAAUUGGGACAUUCCCUUCCUGAUGCAAUGUCAGUUUCACCAUUCAAUGUAAGUGGUGAAAACCACUCAUCAGAUCAGCUGCAGCAUUUCUCAUUCAUUCCAGAUCAUCUCAUGCCAGCUGUGGUUACUUCUUCUCAGCCCAGCGGGAACGAUUACAAUCUCAACUUCACAAUCUCAACUUCGGGCCUUGCUGGUUACAAUAGGGGGACCCUUCAGUCCAAUUCACCGUCUCUUUUGCCUCAUCAUCACCUGCAGAGGUUUUCACCUAUAGACGGAUCCACUGUACCUUUCUUCAUUGGUGGAGGAGCUGCUGCUCCAUCUUCUGCUGCUCCUACCAUGGAGAAUCAUCACCAACAUCAGUUUUCAUCUGUUUUUGAUGGUAGUCGCUUGCAGCUCUGCUAUGGCGACGGAUGCCGACAUUCAGAUCAGAAAGGGAAAGCCAAGAACUGAGUUCCCACGAACACCACUUUUCUUUUUCUGUCCAUUUUCUUCCUGGACUUAAAAAGAUAGAGUGCUAGCACCAAGCUUUGUCCCAAAGCUUGCCUUGGCCGAAACGGAUGAUAUGCUGUAGUUAUCAAGUGUUGGUAUUUCUUGUUGAUCAUUUUGAAGUCAUUCAAUAACAUUCAGUGUUUGGAUUUAUAUAUAUAUAGAUCUAUGCGUGCAAGAUCAUUGUGUGUUGGAGAAAUGUAAAAGAUACUUGACUAAAGAUAUUCUUUUGCUUUCUGCAUUAAUUAUUUUGACAUUGUCUAUACCAUAUGUUUAGAAAAGAGCUGUGAAUCAGUCCACUAAA